AUGGGCCCCGGCUUCGACGCGCUCGGCAUGGGCAUCGACAUUUGGAACGAGAUCAGCGUCGAGCGCGCCGGGAGCUUCAGCAUCGAGACGGAGGGCGAGGGCGUCGGCGCCAUCCCCGAGGAGGUGGGCCCCAACGGCGAGAGCAAGCACACGGUCAUGGUCGCGCUGAAGCGCGCGUUCGAGUACGGAGGUGCGCGCGGGCUACGACCCGAACCAGUCGCAGCUGCCGGAGGAGCUGCUGCAGCUGGCCACGGAGAUGGAGGGCCACCCGGACAACGUGGAAGCCCAGCGCCUACGCGCCUACGUAGCCUCGUCCGGAGCCUACGAACCUAUGACCUACGCGCCCACGCAGGUGUCGCCGGCGAUCUACGGCGGCAUCCAGCUCUCGGUGCAGCUCUGCGCGAUCGCGACGGCGGAGCCGCGCGAGAACCCGCAGCUGGCGCUGUCGCGGCGCGUGCCGACGCCCGAGGGCAUGCGCCUCGUGGCGUACGUGCCGAGCGAGAAGACGCGCUUCUCGUUCGCGAGCAAGGACAAGACGACGGAGAUGCGCGCGCUGCUGCCGGCGACGAUCCCGCGCGCCGACGCGGUCUUCAACAUCCAGCGCACGGCGCGGCUCAGCGUCGAGUGAAAAACGGGUGGGACUUCGGGGCCGGUGGACGCGGCGAGAGACAGAGAGCAAUCGCGACCCCCCGCGCCGUCUCGCUCUCUCGCGACCCACCGCGCCGUCUCGCUCUCUCGCGACCCACCGCGCCGUCUCGCUCUCUCGCGACCCACCGCGCCGUCUCGCUCUCUCGCGACCCCCCGCGCCGCCAGGUCACGGCCGGCGCGCACGGCGCGUUCCUCUCCGGCGCGGGCCCGACGGUGCUCGCCAUCUGCUCCGGCGCGACGGGCGCCGACAUCUUCACCCAGGCCCGCGAGGAGCGCCAGGAGAUGAAGGUCGCCGAGGCCAUGCGCUCGGCGGUCAACGCGUUGCCCGCCAAGGCCGACCAGUGGAAGGACGGCAAGUUCUACAUCUGCUCCCCGUGCAUGCAGGGCGCGCACGUCGUCGCCGCGGACCCGCCCCUCUCCGACACCAUGGCCACCUUCGGCACCCUCGACGGCAUGCUGCCCGGGAGAAUUACGCCCUCAGGCUUUCGCCGCGCUCUCCGCGAGCGCGGCGACGCUAGCGAGGGCCUUCCGCUGCUUGCGGAUCUCGUCGCCCUGUCGCUCGAUGAGCUCGUCCGUGUCCUCGACGUGCGCGUUGAGGGUGGCGGCGAGCUCCGCGAAGUCGCCCUUGACCUUGUCGAGCUCCGCGUCGCCCUCGGCGAUGCGCUUCUCGAGCUCGACGGUCCGCCGCGUCAGCUCGAUCUGCUUCUUCGCCAUGUAGUCCGUGAACGCCGCGCGCGUCUCCGCGAGCAGCGCCUCGGCCUGCCGCAGCUCGGCGUACGACGACUUCAGCGUCGCGUCGUGCUCCUUCUGGAGCGCGAGCUUGGCGUCAUGCGACUUGCUCAGCUGCGUCGCGAACGCGUCCUGCGUGGCCUUGAGCUCGACCUCGAGCGCGUCCUCGCGCGCCGCGGCCGCCUUGAGCGCCGCGGCGUUCGUCUUGUCCGCCUUGAGCUUGCCGUUGUGCUGGCGCACGAGCGAGUCGGCGAAGGCGAGGCGCAGCUCCUCGAUCUGCGCCUUGUAGCCGAGCGCGGCGUGGAGGCGGGUUGGGCGUGGAGUUGUUUGGUGCGUGCGGACGAGCGCGUCGGUGCUGCCGAGUAG